GAUGACUGUGAGUGAUCCAGGGACCCCUGAACCCCGACCUGUCGCCCCCGGGGCUAGUUCAGUGGAGCAGCUGCGGAAAGAGGGCAACGAGCUCUUCAAAUGCGGAGACUACGAAGGCGCGCUGACCGCAUAUACGCAGGCCCUGAGUCUGAACGCGACACCCCAGGACCAGGCCAUUUUGCACCGGAACCGGGCCGCCUGCCACCUCAAGCUGGAAGAUUAUGGCAAAGCAGAAACCGAGGCAUCUAAAGCCAUUGAAAAGGACGGUGGGGACGUCAAAGCACUUUACCGGCGGAGCCAGGCCCUAGAGAAGCUGGGCCGCCUUGACCAGGCUGUCCUCGACCUGCAGAGAUGUGUGAGCCUGGAGCCCAAGAACAAAGUUUUCCAGGAGGCUCUGCGGAGCAUUGCAGGCCAGAUUCAGGAGAAGGUACGAUACAUGUCCUCAACGGAUGCCAAAGUGGAACAGAUGUUUCAGAUAUUAUUGGACCCAGAAGAGAAAGGCACUGAGAAAAAGCAAAAGGCUUCUCAGAACCUGGUGGUGCUGGCCCGAGAGGACGCCGGAGCUGAGAAAAUCUUCCGGAGCAACGGAGUUCAGCUCUUGCAACGACUGCUGGACACAGGGGAGUCUGACCUGAUGCUGGCAGCUCUGCGCACAUUGGUUGGCAUCUGCUCCGAGCACCAAUCCCGGACAGUGGCCACCCUGAGCGUGCUGGGAACUCGGCGGGUGGUCUCUAUCCUUGGCGUGGAAAACCAGGCUGUAUCCCUGGCGGCCUGCCACCUGCUGCAGGUUAUGUUUGAUGCCCUGAAAGAAGGCAUUAAGAAAGGCUUCCGAGGGAAAGAAGGCGCCAUCAUCGUGGAUCCUGCCCGGGAGCUAAAGGUCCUCAUUAGUAACCUUCUGGAGCUACUGACUGAGGUGGGGGUUACAAGCCAAGGCCGAGACAAUGCCCUGACCCUCCUGAUUAAAGUGGUGCCCCGGAAGUCUCCUAAAGACCCCAACAACAGCCUCACCCUCUGGGUUAUUGACCAAGGCCUUAAAAAGAUUCUGGAGGUGGGGGGCUCUGUGCAGGACCCACCUGGGGAGCUCGCGGUGACCGCUAACAGUCGCAUGAGUGCCUCUAUUCUCCUCAGCAAGCUCUUCGAUGACCUCAAGUGUGAUGCAGAGAGGGAGAACUUCCACCGGCUCUGUGAAAACUACAUCAAGAGCUGGUUUGAGGGCCAAGGGCUGACCGGGAAGCUGCGGGCCAUCCAGACUGUGUCCUGCCUCCUGCAGGGCCCAAGUGAGGCCGGAAACCGGGCCCUAGAGCUGAGUGGCGUCAUGGAGAGCGUGAUCGCCCUGUGCGCCUCUGAGCAGGAGGAAGAGCAGCUGGUGGCCGUGGAAGCUCUGAUCCACGCUGCCGGCAAGGCCAAGCGGGCCUCCUUCAUCACUGCCAAUGGUGUCUCGCUGCUCAAGGACCUGUACAAGCGUAGCGAAAAGGACAGCAUCCGCAUCCGCGCCCUGGUGGGACUGUGCAAGCUCGGAUCGGCAGGUGGGACGGACUUCAGCAUGAAGCAGUUUGCUGAAGGCUCCACUCUCAAACUGGCCAAGCAGUGUCGGAAGUGGCUAUGCAAUGACCAGAUCGAUGCGGGCACUCGGCGCUGGGCCGUGGAGGGCUUGGCUUACCUUACCUUCGAUGCUGACGUGAAGGAAGAGUUUGUGGAGGAUGAGGCGGCACUGAAGGCUCUGUUCCAGCUCAGCAGGUCUGAGGAGAGGUCAGUGCUCUUUGCGGUGGCCUCGGCACUGGUGAACUGCACUAACAGCUAUGACUAUGAGGAGCCUGACCCCAAGAUGGUGGAGUUGGCCAAGUACGCCAAGCAGCACGUGCCUGAGCAGCACCCCAAGGACAAAGCGAGCUUUGUGCAGGCUCGGGUGAAGAAGCUGCUGGCUUCGGGGGUGGUGUCAGCCAUGACGUGCAUGGUGAAGACCGAGAGCCCCGUGCUGACGAAUUCCUGCCGGGAGCUGCUCUCCAGGGUCUUCCUAGCUUUGGUGGAAGAGGUGGCAGACCGGGGCACUGUGGUUGCUCAGGGAGGGGGCAAGGCUUUGCUCCCACUGGCCCUAGAAGGCACGGACGUGGGGCAGAUAAAGGCAGCCCAGGCUCUUGCCAAACUCACCAUCACCUCCAACCCAGAAAUGACCUUUCCUGGAGAGCGGAUCUAUGAGGUGGUGCGGCCCCUGGUCUCCCUGCUGCACCUCAACUGCUCCGGCCUGCAGAACUUCGAGGCGCUCAUGGCCCUGACGAACCUGGCGGGGAUCAACGAGAGGCUUCGACAGAAGAUCCUGAAGGAGAAGGCUGUGCCCAUGAUCGAGGGUUACAUGUUUGAGGAACAUGAGAUGAUUCGCCGGGCAGCCACAGAGUGUAUGUGUAACUUGGCCAUGUGCAAGGAGGUGCAGGACCUGUUUGUAGCUGAGGGCAAUGACCGGCUGAAGCUGCUGGUGCUGUACAGCGGAGAAGAUGAUGAGCUACUGCAGCGGGCGGCCGCCGGGGGCCUGGCCAUGCUCACCUCCCUGCGGCCCUCGCUCUGUAGCCGCAUCCCACAAGUGACCACACACUGGCUGGAGAUUCUACAGGCUCUACUCCUGAGCAGCAACCCGGAACUGCAGCACCGAGGCGCCGCAGUAGUGCUAAACAUGAUGGAGGCUUCCAAGGAGAUGGCCAGCACCCUGAUGGAGAGUGAGGUUCUGGAGAUCCUGUCAGUGCUGGCUAAAGGCCAGGAGGGCCCUGUCAUGAGGGCCGCUGCAGCAUGCCUGGAGAAAGCCGUGGAAUACGGGCUUAUCAAACCCAACCAGGAAGGGGACUGAGGGCUUGCUCCUGGGUCCAAGGCUCAGACACAC